AUGAGUGCCGUAUCUGCUGCUGGAGCGCUGCUCUGGAUGAUGCACACGCUGCUACAGGAGCACGGGUGGGUUGUGCUGGGCUCCGAGAUGGAUACAAGCCGUCCCCGUCUCCUUGAGAGCUUCGCAGGGAACGUGAAUCUGCUACCAGCACAGCGCUACCAAGUGUCGGAAAAAGUCCAAGAAGACAUGGACGUUCAUGUGCGCGGACUACUCGUGGGCAGCAAAUUGUUCGCCCACUUCGUAUCGAGCGCCAAGAGCGUCCAACUCAAUCUCAAAGUUUCCGAGUUCGUGAAGCCUCGGAAGCAAGAAGCUGAAGAUCAGGGACGUGUGUUGUACACUAACAAGUGGCGGUGCAACCUGGAGAUUCUUCGUUGGAGGUUGGAACGCAAUUUGUUCCCCGAGUUUUCGAGCGACGCCAGCGUCGUGACUUCCGAUGCAGAGCUCAGUCGACUCCCAGAGCCACUUCUAGUGCACGUUGGUGAAUUUCUGAAUGUUCCAGAUUUUUGCCGAGUCACUCAGACAAACAAGUAUUUGCACCAGCUACAGGAUUCUUCAGAGUUGUGGCAGAACUUCUUACUUCGUGAUUUUCCGUCCGUACACCCCGAUCAAGACCCAAAAAUUGUGUACAUUUCGCACUGGACGGUCCAGAAGCGAAUGGAGGAAUGGAACCAACGCCACCAUGAGCGUCAGCGUCAACUAUUUGACUUGCUUCACCAGCAGAGUCACUGGUACAGAAGACGAUUGCCAGCACCUCCACUGCACGUUCCCAUGCCUCCACCAUUCCUCCCGCUUGGAUACGACCCAUUGUCGCUUCGACCGCGACACCGUCCCGAUCUAUUUGACGUCGAUGCUGACUACGACAUGCUGCGGGAUCCCUUUGGAUUUCAACUCGAUCCAUUGUAUCCAUAUUUCUACUGA